AUGCUGGUCACCAGUACUGUCGCUUUUAGUGAAAGCACAGUCACUUCACUUCCCACUCCUUCCUCCCCUAACCAGAACCCAGGAUUUUCUUCGUCUGACCUCGACUUUCUAGCUGAUGGCCCGGAUAAUCUAUUUCCGUCCAGCAAUUCAGUGGUUCAGUCUUCUCGAGACCGCCUCUUUUCAACUGAUGGCGUCCAAACUUGGCAUCCACGCCAAGUUCAUCAGAGAUCUCAGCUUCCAAAUCUCUUUCCGGUGGCUGAUGACAACCCACCGUCACCGAGGAAGCCAGCUAGUUCCUUUUCAGUUGACGGUCGUCACUUACUGCCAGAUAUUCAAACCUUUUUUUAUCUGUGGUUCAAAAUGACUUGCCCUAGUUCAUUGGAGUGUGAUGUCAUGGUUGGGUCGGCCAGAUGUGCCUCGGGUCAGCAAAUCGUCGACUGGCUUGUCUCAAACUCAGAUGGCAGACUUGACUCACGAGAAAAAGCUUGUGCGCUAUGCGAGGCCUAUGUAAAAGCGUCCUUUCUUACACCAAUGGACUCGACAGCCCCCCCUGGAAAGUUUGUUGAUGGUCCUGUUUUAUAUCGAAUGCAAACAGAACUGAACGAUAGCCCACGAUUACCAAGACGAACGCAGUCAGCCGUCUGCGACCACACCCUUCCUGAGAUUUCACAUGAUUGUAAACCACCCCUUCCACCUACACCACCGAAAUGCCAUCCAAAAACCGAGGCAAGUUUUCCGCUAGACGAAGCUCUGUGCUUGGAUCCUGUUUCUGCUGAAUUCAGCCCUCAGAAAGUGACCGGCCAGGCUGAAUUUGACCCAGCCACCUCGCAUCAGGAAUUGUCUACUUGUCAUAGAGGUUCCACCAAACUAAGAAAGCUUUAUGCCAACUACUUGAACCGACUGAUUCAACAGGAAACAAGGGAUCACUAUCUUUCGAGAGAAUGGAAUUCAGUAAUAUCAACAGCUGUCAGUAUGCUGUGCAAAGACCUAAAGGUUGACCUGCGCCAGGUCCUGCUGAAGAACCUGCAAGCCCGCCUUACCUCUCCACCUCCUGCUGAUUCCAGCCAGCAGUCUUCACUCAUCGACAACUGGAAUCUGCACGACUUCUGCCCCUCGAAGUAUUCGGCCAUGAGCGUUCUGCGAUACGUCCACGUCAAAAAAGUGGUGGACGAAGACAUUUCAUGCCAACUUUUGAACGGCGUCGCCUUCACGGGUCAUUUAGUUCACAAGCACCUUCCAACACACCUCUAUCGUCCCAGAAUCCUCAUCUUGGCCUCGGCUAUAACCUACGAAAGAAAUGUCUACAAGCGCACCUGGCUCGAGUCCUACGCCGCCCAGGCGAGUACCAAAUAAGAAUACCUGGGAAAUUGUGUUGCAAAAAUCCUUUCCUUUCACCCCACCGUACUCCUCACUGGGGGUGGCAUUUCCAAUAUCGCGCUUACUAUGCUCGUGAAGGCGGGCAUUGCUGUGUUCUGUAAUGUCAAAAGGUCGAUAUUGGCUCGAUUAGCCGCGGGCACAGGAGCUGAGAUCGUGGGCUCGACAGAUGCCUUGCUCAGCGGUUCCUACGAGGUUUCAGGCAAACGCACCACCUCCCCAAUUGGUACAUGUCAGUGGUACAAGUUAAUUACUGUGCCCCAGCCCAGCGCCUCUCCGAAGCCGGUCUGCAUCUUCAGCUUUAUCGAUCUGCCCUCGUCGGACUUGGCCCAGUCCGUUCGAUGGCUCCACAUCCCCGGUCUGCAUAGUGUCUCCAACAUCGAUGAGGUGGAGGACGCGUUGUGUGAGGCGGAGUCGCUUCGAAUGCCAGCUUACUCAAUCAUCCUCAAGGGCCCUGACUUGGCCAUACUGAAACUAGCUAAACGGUGUCUCAAAUUUGCCCUGAUGAGCUGCUUCAACGGGUAUCUGGAGCGAGCGUACCUAGCAGAUGCCCACAUUGUACCCCACAAUAACUCCCUAGAAUGGGAUUCAAGCAGUGCGGCGUCUAUCGACACUGCAGGCUUGGAGAGUGUGGAUCAAUCCGCGUUGGCCAGCCACCUCCGUGGCCGUUUCUUCAAUCUCUCACCACUGGUUGUGUCUGAGUUGCCGUUUCUCGCGAGCCCUCAAGGUCGCCGCACCCCACUCUUCGAUUUCUACUUCUACCUCGUCGAUUGGCCCGAAAGUAGACGGCUGAAUGACGCACUCAAGCAGAAGGCAGUCGUGGUGCGCGCUAACAUGUACGCGGCUCGAAAGCCACCGUCGAAGUACUCGCUGCCGUCUAGUGAACCCGCACGCACCUCCGAGACCCCAUUAGGCGAUCUCCAGUUCACUGGCGUGGGAAAACUGGCCCCCGAGGAUGAGGUCGCCUACAAGGCUGCCAGGUCACUGGCUUUCACCGCAAACAAGAGAGGUUCGACGUUUCUGUGCACGUGGACUGCCAUGGGUCGCCUUAACACGAAGAGUCUGUCUCAGUCCGCAGCAACCAAGGCACCACCUACGCCAAGGCUUCAAGUAAAAAAACGCAAGGAUAAACGCCUCACGCGCAGCAUUCGCGACGCUCGUUCGCACACCUCGAUGUACGUUCUGCGCAGUGUCUUCUCUGCGCGUUCUGCCAUCUACCCCGAGCCCUGCCUUCCAUCGUGGGUUGUCGGCAUCGAGGUCUAUGGUGGCAAUGAUUUGCCCCUGGGAGCCUUUCUUGAGCAGUUUUGCUUCAGAAGCAAGAGUUGUCUGAAUCCGGAGUGCAACACCCCAAUGCUCGACCACGUGCAACGCUUCACUCAAACCGCGGGCUCUGUGGAACUAACUCUCCAGACGGUGGAGCCGGCCAAACCGGUCAUUCCUUUGGUGGGUUGCGUUCCCAUCUCCAUGUGGACCUUCUGUUCCACGUGCAGGCAGACCUCACCGCUGCAGCCCAUGUCCCUCAGCGCCUGGCAUCUCUCCUUCAUGAAGUUCCUCGACUUGCUCAUCAACUCACCCGACUGUCUGACGCACGUGGGCGCGGAAUGCAGUGCCAAACAUCUCCGGCAUUGUUUCUGUGCUGGCAAAACCCAAGCUACGUUUAGGUACCACCCAAUAGCAAUCUACGAGGUCUGCAUGCCACCGAUCACAGUGCGGAUCUUCUUUCCACGAUCCGGUCACAAAACACAAGUAGCCUGUGUAAAUUCGCCAGCUGAAAUGCCCGAUUAUUUGCGCAACGAGGUCCACGCAACGUUGAAGAAGUACUACGAAAUCACAACGUUAGUGAAGUCCCACCUAGUGAACCUUAAAAACGACACUGUUUGUGCGGAUUUGUUGCGCUUGGUCGACGCAUUUGAGCAAAACUUGCACUUAGAGUUUACCAAAAGUCAGGUUAAGUCGCGGAUAGAGGUACUUGCAUGCCUCUUCGAUUGCCUUUCCCCUACCCCACCAUCAACCACUAAUCCGGAUGAAGCGCACACCACCCGUCUCCUCCUCAACUCACCAAUUGAUUCUGUCGCCACUGACGUCUGUUCAUUGGAGGAAGUUGGUGCUGGAACAUCCGAUGAUAACGACAGCCUCAACUCUGCCGACAUCGACUCCAAACCUGCCUGGAAUCGGAAGCUGGUCUCCCUGUCCUACGAGGAGAAAAUAGCACUGAUUUCUGCUCUGCUAAGCACCAUUAAACGGUGGCUUUUCAAUUUCGCCAACGACUGGAACACCCGCAUCUCCCAGUUCAAUUCCACCGCGAAGAUGCUCGAGAAGGCUCAAAGUAGGCAACACCGCAGGCAGCAUCAGCCCCUCCCACCAGCCCAAGAUCCACCCCCUGAUUCCUGUGGCUCUGUUGAACUUGGCGGCGUGAGGACUGCGGCUUUUGAGUCUUAUCUGGGGACGACGCCUGAUUUGGACCUGGUGUCGGAAGAAGCGGAUUCGGCAGGAUGUUCGCGUAAGGAUGCUUCAGACGGAGCCACGGCCUCCUAUGCAAUUCCGGAGCCACCGGCCGACAACAAACCAGUCACCACGGUGGAGACCGUGAAGCGUCUACUCACGGCGAUGCUGCCGGGUGGCGGUGACCACAGGCUGUGCGCCGAUCCACAGCCCCCGUCCGAGCACCCUCAAGUGCCCCCGCCGAACUCCGGGAGUCCUUUGUCCCUCGCUCUGGCCCUCCACCCACUGACGUCCGUGGACGCCUCGCACACGGAUGCUCCGCCUUUGAUGUGCCCCACUGAAGAGCUAGUUAACGAGAUUUCCAAAAUUGCCAUCCUCGAGGCAUCACCGGAUGUGUAUAUUAUGGACCAGGAGAUCACGACCAUUAUCGCGUAUACACUUGCCUCAGACGCCUACUUGAUGAAAUUCCAGACUCUUCUCACGCAGCCUCAGAUAAAUAACAGCAGCAGCAGCAGCGCUCAACUGAAACGAUCAAAUCGUUCGUUGGAACAAAAAACUGCUGAUGUGGUGGAGAAACGUUCCAGCCGUCGCAUGGGUUCCCUCACAUUCAAGAAAGACUCACUGCCGUCGCGUUUAUCAACACUUGAGGAGGUUGAGGAGGUAACUCGUGCCGCGGAGUCCUUGGAACGUGUCGACCGUGACGCCGAGUGUGGCAGCACGACUUCAGACGAGACCAAGUCGUCCAAGGCAUGCCCCUCUGCCGCCCCCAGUGAUCCACACAUCGAAAUCCAAUUUUCCGAUGCAACGACGACCUUCUUCUGUCGUGUCUACUACGCCCAGGAAUUCCACCAACUGCGUAAACUCAUACUACCCCAAGGUGAAGCAGCGUUCAUCCGAUCGCUUUCACGCUGCAAAAAUUGGGACGCACAGGGCGGCAAGUCUGGCUCGUAUUUCAUGAAAACGCACGAUGAGCGCUUUGUGGUGAAGGAGGUCUCGGGGAUUGAGUUGAAGACGUUUCACGACGUAAACAGGCAGUACUUUGAUUACCUAAUGUCAGCAGCUUCCGUCCAGCGCCUCUCACUGCUGGCGCGGAUCUUCGGGAUAUUCCACGUCGACUUCAAGAACUCCAGCACCGGCGAAACUCGGCGACUGGACGUUCUCGUGAUGGAGAACCUCUUCCACAAUCGCCCCGGCAUCACGCAGAUCUACGAUCUCAAGGGCAGCCUGCGAGGCCGCUUGAUCGUCAACUCGGAAAACGCCGCUUCCACCGGCUGCACCUCUGGCCCGACAACUACCGACACAUCCACUCGCCGUGCCCUGGGGGCUGACUCAGGCGCUGCCACCACCACGCAGGCGCCUGUGCUGUUGGACCAGAAUUUCAUCAACGAGUCACUCGAAAAUCCCAUCUACCUUCGACUGCACUCAAAGUUGUUCAAGCCGCGUGCAAAUGUGUUCUCCUCCACCUUCCAGAAUGCUCUGAUGCACUGUCUCAGCGUGGACACCCAAUUCCUCACGGACCUCUUCAUAAUGGACUACUCCCUGCUAGUAGGAGUCGACGGCGCGACUGGUCACCUGGUUGUGGGCAUAAUCGACUACCUGCGCAAGUUCACCCUCAACAAACGCCUCGAGAUGUUCAUUAAGCAGACGCUCACCAGCGUGCAGGGUCCCAUGCCCACGGUGAUCAUGCCGGUGGAUUAUCGCGAGCGCCUCCUGGACCAGAUGGAGAGGAAUUUCCACCUCGUGCCCGACCAGUGGUACGACUCCCUAGCCAACCACCGCGAGGUCUGGAGCCUGGUAUGCGAUUGUUUCCACCCCAGCAUCGGAGGCGUGGAGAGCCACAUCUACCAGUUGGCGCAGUGUCUACUUUUACGGGGCCAUCGAGUGAUCAUCAUCACACACGCCUACGGCGAUAACUGGCAACGACAAGGCGUUCGCUAUAUGGCCAGGGGACUCAAAGUCUACUACAUUCCGUAUCGCCCCUUUUACAACCAAGUGGUUUUCAUCACCAUCUUCGGUCUGCUGCCAGUCAUUCGCGACAUUUACAUCCGUGAAAAUGUGGAUAUCGUUCAUGGACAUUCGGCCUUCUCGCCCCUGGCUCUUGAAUCACUGAUGCACGCGACAGCCCUAGGCCUGCGCACCAUCUUCACGGACCACUCGCUCUUUGGGUUCGCCGACCUCUCCUCCAUCCUCGCCAAUCGAGCCCUCUUCAUGUUCCUCAACGUCGUGGACAACUUCAUUUGUGUCUCGAACGUGGCCAAAGAGAACACCGUCCUACGUGGCGGCAUGGAACCCGAGCGUGUCUACGUCAUCCCCAACGCCAUCGACUCAGCCUCCUUCACCCCGGACCCGAGUUCCAGGGAUCCUGACAACAUUACCGUUGUCAUCGUGAGCCGAUUGGUGUACAGGAAAGGCGCUGACUUAAUGGCCGCCAUAAUUCCACCUCUGUGUUCCACUUUCCCGAAUCUUCGUUUCAUAAUCGGUGGUGACGGUCCGAAGCGACUGGCCCUGGAGGAGAUGCGUGAGCGCCACAAUUUGCACUUUCGUGUAGAACUCCUCGGCCCACUGCCUCAUCACAAAGUCCGCGACGUUCUUGUUAGAGGCGACAUCUUCUUAAACUUGUCACUCACGGAAUCAUUCUGCAUUGCAAUUGUGGAAGCGGCUAGCUGUGGCCUCCUGGUUGUGAGCACAAGGGUGGGCGGCGUGCCUGAGGUUCUGCCUCCUCACAUGAUCCGAUUGGCUCCCGCCAGCGCCUCGGGAUUGGCCUCCACUCUGGCCAAUGCCAUUGAGGAGGUGCGUCAGCAGCGCCUUGAUUGGUCGCGUGAACUCGCCAUGGUACGAUCCGAGUCGGUCGAUUCAGCCUGUGACGUUGCUGUGCAUCGAAAGCAGUCACGCGAGCGAUCCGUCAGCUUUCCGCUCCUGCCGGCAGACGAGGCUAAAGGUUAUGGAGCAGAAUCAAUUCUCGGCUGUGAGCAGAUUCCGCGCGCCUCGCAGGCCCAUUGGCCUCCUGCGUCGGCCUUUAGGGUGGCCUGGCAACGCCACAAUGAUAUCCACAAGUUUUACACGUGGACGGACGUAGCCAAGCGCACGGAAAAAGUCUACCAUGCGGCCAUGACGCGAUCCCCAAUUACAUGUCGACAGGCUAUGACCGCAAUCGAUCGAGUUCCAUAUUUCAACACGACAGCCGCCCAGUUCAAGUCCUGGAACUCUGACAGCAUUCCAUUCGGGUAUUCCAUCGUCACAGAUGCACAGGUCUCCAAACGCAAGCCUACAGCGCCUGCUAAUGUCGCCGUAGGCAGGACAGAUUUGCUCACUGAAUAG